AUGUUAAGCUCACGGACAAAAGAAAUCAAUGCUUAUGGCAAGCGUGCGAGAAGAGUGGUCGAUGCCACAGCGGCCCCUACUCUUACAACGCCUGAGAGUCAUAUCAUCAGCAUCUUCGAUGACUUGCCUCCUGCCCCAGAGCAAACGUCUUUGAAGAACAAGAUGAAGAAGAGGGAGAACUCUGUACCGUCCAAGGCCAAACCUAUUUCAGUCAAAGUGGUUGGACUACAGAGGAAGAAACGUCUAUCUCCCGUAAUUUCUCCUCACAAGAAGAAAUCAAUUAUGCGUGAGGCUCAGAUCAUUAUACCAGCUGGGAGAAAUAAAAAUGCCGUGGAAACUAACGGAUUAAAAGGAAAACAUACAGAAGAUGCGGGGAAUACAGAUGUUACAUUAACCGGAACUUCUGGGUCACCACCGCGAGCGCCUCUCUCGGCUGUUCCCCUCAACAUCCCAGGUUCCCCUGCAAUCUCUCAGGGCCGCUUCUCUAAUUUAGCGAAGAAACAUUUGAAACCGAAAUCAUUCUCCCCCUUCGUUGACGUGGAUAUCAUCGUUCUUGAUGACGACGGGCGCACUGUCCGUUCAGAAAAGCGAGUCAAUAAAGACAGAGCAAACAUAAAAGCAUUCAAGGAACCUCGUACUUCUAAACCAUAUUCGAAGUCUGGACUUUCCGCCACCACCCUUCAAGAUAAUGACGAUAGUGAUUAUGAACCCAGUGGUUUCGUGAAACCGCCAAAACGCCGGACUACUCGCAAACCAAUAGUAAUCUCGUCUGAUGAAUCCGACUCUGAAGAACAUAUCACCUCGCGGGUACUGAAGGUUGGCUUUAACAAAGAAACCAUUUCAUCGAAAACUUCAAUCGCUUCUUCGUCCAAGCUUUCUCGUGCCAGUUCAAUGAGUAUCGUGGAAGUACUCAUUCCGCCUGCCCCAUAUAAACUUUCAAGACCGCCAUCGUCUAGCGAUUCUUACACAUACAAUGAGAAAAUUGCAGCGGGUAUACCCCAAAUAGUGGAGCAAGCGGAGCCACAAAGAUACCCCGCUGUUGCAUCUCCCAACAUGAAACCACGACAACUUACACCUAUUCGCGGCUCCCGUAAACGGCUUUUUGAACCUCCAUCACCUCCAUCACCUACUACAACAACAGAUAUUGAUCUUUCCAUUGAUUUGAGUGAACUUAACCUCAACCUCGGCUCUAUUCCUCAAAUCCAGAACUACGUUGAAAUACCUGAAUACCUCCUGCCUCUUUUGGAAGAAUGCGGACAAGAAGCAUAUGGGCCACACAAUUUCUCUAGCUUUAUCGAAUCAUUUCCAUGUGAUCCAAUACUGCAAUGUGCUCGGGAAAGUCGAGGUUUUGACAUGAAAUUCAAGAAAAUCGGAGAGGCCAGCUACUCCGAAGUGUUUGGAAUUGGCGACGUUGUACUCAAAGUGAUACCACUGAGGGAUGAAUCGAAACCCGAAGUAACACAUUCAGAGGAGGAUGGCCCUGCGCCCAGUGAUGCCAAAGAUGUGCGCAAAGAAAUCAUUGUUACAAGGGCAAUGGGGGAAGUCCAUGGAGGAUUCGUCAAAUUGCUGAAGUCCUAUGUUGUGCGAGGCCGGUACCCCGAAAUCCUUCUUCAGCUUUGGGAUGAAUACAAUGAGCGUAAGGGCUCAGAGAGUGUCCGUCCAGAUUCCUUCAAAUUGUCGCAGGUCUAUGCAAUUAUCGUUCUCCCGAACGGAGGAUCCGACUUGGAAGCAUAUACCUUCCAUUGUUCCAGCAGAAAUGGUUGGAGACAGGCUUGCAGUCUGUUCUGGCAAGUGGCGAAGUCACUUGCUCAUGCCGAGCAUUUAGUAUCCUUUGAGCAUCGCGACCUUCAUUGGGGUCAGAUACUGGUGAAGAAUGUGCACACGCAGAACAAUGCUCUUAAAUCCUUGAAUAUAAAUCAAAAGGCGAAACCUAAAGCAAAGGCAGAUCGCCUUUGGAUGGAUGAUAUUGCCCAUGGUGUUCAAGCUACUGUAAUAGACCUUGGUCUUUCUAGAAUGGAUGCUGGCGAUGGUGAUGGUGGUGAUCAUGUUCAUUGGACGCCAUUUGACGACGAGGUAUUUCUGGGAGAGGGUGACUAUCAGUUUGAUGUUUACCGGAUGAUGAAAGAACUAACUGGUGGAUCUUGGAACAAGUACCACCCUGUUACGAAUGUGCUGUGGCUACACUACCUUCUAAAUAAACUAAUACAUGGAAAAGGUCUCAAACCUCCCACUACCCCUCGCAAACAAAAGGCUUCAGAUCCAUACAUACCUACGUCUACCGAAGGUUUUUUUUCCGAGAAAGAUUGCUAUGAAUGCCUUGUGGACCUGGAGAAUUGGUUGGGUAAAUCGUUCGCAACGUUGGCAGAAGCGACACGUGUCCAUCCAGUUUCUGCGCCAAAGGGGAAGACUAAACGUAAAAACUGCGACCUUGUCAAGCCUCUGGCUUAUUCUGGGCCCGGUUGCGCUGGAGAAAUAGUGGUGUAUGGUGUUAAGAGAGAAUGGAUUAGAUCUACGCGACUGUAUUGA